GUUCUAGUGUGUAUUAUAAUCUGUUUUGAAUAUUUUUACUUUGUUCAAAGGCACUUAUGACAAGGCAAAGAGGAGGGCCAAGAAGGCGGAAUGCGAGUUGGCUGUGGACACCACGGAGCUGUCGGCGAUGCUGCUGCGGGUACAGCUGAGGCAUGAAGUAUGGGUCGUGUCUGAGAGGCUGGAUGAAACUGAGCCUCUUAACAAGACCCGUGCAGUGUCUCAGCCUGCCUUGUGGACGGUGCCUCCAGUUCUUCCUCGGCUACCUGCCGACAAUAUUAAAGAAUUAGAGGCAGCCGUGCGGGAUGAGGCUGUGGCUGCCACCUUGCGCAAGCACCUCCUGCAAAUAGGAGGGAAGUCACUGCGCGAGGUCGCAUCGUAUGCCAUGACGGCUGUAAUGGCGCACCCCGUCCAAGUGCUUUACAGCCUUCAUAGCAGGAAGGGGAAGAGGGCAUUCAUCAAUUUGAAGUUAUGCCGGAUAGUCACAAAUGUCAUCUGUGCGAAAGGGGGGGGGGCGACCUGACACAAGCACAGGACUUCAUUAAGUGGUUGCCAGGGUCUGUGGACAGUGGUGGUGGCAGGAAGAGGCGUUUCACAGAAACGUUUGCAGCAGAGCAGCCCGAUGAUCCCUCCCUUCAGGGCAGGAAUCAUUGCCUGCCCACUGCUGUCCUCUCCCUGCCCCACCCUUGCCCUCAGGUCCCUGGCAAGUCCACCGUCGGCCCCUCCUGUCCGGCUGCUGCUGCCCCUGCUCCUUCCCCUGCUGCAGCCCCUGCCGCCCCUGCCCCUCCUCCUGCUGCUGCCCCUGGAGCUGAGCACCCCUACUGAUGCCUGCAUCAGUUCAAGAAUUGUAUUGUAAAUAGUAAAAUAGUACUGUAAAUAGUAUACUAAAUAAAUUAUAUUUUCGUUUACGCUUUGCGUGUGUCUGCAGGAAGUUUCCUUCCCGCACUUAUUUCCAUCACAUUUUCUUCGCUACUAAUUGUAUAGGCAGUAAGCUAGCAUACAAGCAACAGAAUGGCUAAGUACAGGCUAUGCUUGAAACACACUGGA